AGUAUUUUCCUUUAAGAAACUAAGUAGUCUAAGCAAGAAGUAUUUUCCUUGAAGGAACUACGUACGUUAGUAAGUAAGCAAGAAGGAAGGAUUGGGUAGGUACCUAAGUGGCAUUUUUUGACUGUCAGUCUUGUUUUGGAUAUCUGUGGAUUUUGGGUUAAAUCGUGGGUGGUAUUUAAUUUCAUCUUCAUUUCAUCAUUACUAAUAUUGUACGGCCAUCUCGCCGAGCAUUAUACCGUGGAGAUAGUUCCGCGGUGUUUUUCGGUGAGGUAUAUUGCCGGUUUAAGUGUAGUCCUUUAGUGUUACUUAGUAGGGUUUAGUUUUGGCCCGCUCGCUGAAGCUGUUCACCGUGGAGAUAAUUCCGCGGUGUUUUUCAGUGAGGUUUAGGGUUUCAGUAUUUACCUGUCAAGCACUUAGUAAGGAAUUAGGAAACUAAGUAGGGUAUUAUUAAGUAAGCAAGAAGGAAAGAGUGUUUGUGUAUUUAAUUUUAUCAUUUGGCUAUUUAAUCGUUGCUGAUUUAAAGCCGGUUAUGGCCUCAGAGAAGGUUAAAGUGAAUUAUGGGACUGAGGAGGCUUUACUGGCCGUUGUCGAUAAAACAAAGUCUGGCAAAAUUAUUAGUUGGAGGGAGCAAUGUGGUAACUUAACAGAGGAAUUAUUUUUGCAGUGUCCCCGUCUCCAUGAAGCCAAGGAGCUUUUACGUUUAUUUGAUUUUGAGCCUUAUCAGGCUAAGAUAGUUAAACCUACAGAUGGAGGCCCAGCUGGGCCUGUAGCUAGUUCUACGGCUGAGCAACAGCAGGGGAGGAGCUCGCCGCAACCGGCCAGCUCCCCAGCCGAGCCCACAGCCGAGUAUCGGCUUAGGGCCGUUGACUGUCCGCCGUCCCGGGAAUCCCCGCCCGACAGGUCUUAUCCUCCUAGGGAAUCCCCGUCCAGAGAACCCCCACGUAGGGAUUAUUGUUAUCCCUCUUCUAGGGAUUUCCCUCCUAAUAAUCAUGGUCCAUCUUCCAGGGAACCCCCCCGUAGGGAUUAUUAUUAUCCCCCGUCUAGAGAAUCCCCUUCUAGUAAUUGUGGUCCGCUUUCCAGGGAACCCCCACGUAGGGAUUAUGUAUAUCCCCCUUCUGGGGAAUCCCGACCUGACAUUCAGUAUCCUCCCAGGGAAUCCUCACCUGUGGGUCAGGGAGAGUACCGGUCGCAGGGGCGCCGGGAUUGGCCCCCCCGUCUGCCGAGGUCACUUAAUUACGAUGGGCGAACAAGUUGGCAUUCCUUUCUCAGGAAGUUCACCAGUUAUGCUGUAUCGUGUCAGUGGAGUCCAAGCGAGUGUUUGGAUGCGCUAGGCUGGUGUGUGGAGGGGUCGGCCUCAGAUUGUUUUUCGAACCUUAGGGAUAUGGGCACUAAUUCUUAUUACCAUAUGUUAACAGCGAUGGGGCGUCGGUUUGGGGCUACCCGAUUUCCGGAGGAGGCCAUAGCCGAAUUUCGAACGGCUCGCCAACUCCCGGAGGAGUCUCUCCUUGGGUGGUCCGACCGGCUCCAAGCAUUGUCCUUUGAAGCUUUUGGGUGGGACCAACGGGGUGACAGCACUCAAAUGGUAUUGCAGUUAUGCCAGGGUUGUACGGAUAAGGCGGCGGGUUUAACAGCUCUCAAUACGCGCCCGAAGUCCGUCGAGGAGGCCCUGGAAGCCAUCAGGUGGGCGCAACAUACCCAACGUGUUGUUUAUGGGAGCGAGGCUCGCCGUACGUAUUCGGCUUCUCGGCAGCAGGUGCAGCAGACUUGCAUGUACGAUCAGGAGGUGGACAGGUAUGAUACGGUAAUUUAUCAUCAUAGGCAACCCCAUCCCCUAAAUCGUUCCCCAACAGUUUCCAAAGGUCAAGAUGUUCCCCGUCCGGCUCCUGUGGAGGACCGGGGGAAGGUCACAACGCCUUUUGAAGUUCAGGCCAGGAAUGACAUUGGCUAUUUAAAAGAGGAAGUCGCCAGUCUUAAGACGCAUGCGUACAAUACCGAUUGUAUGCUAGAAGAAAUACUGAAGACUGUUAAGUCUUUGGAGUUUUCUAUGCUUUCCAAUGCCCGCCCUCUAUCUCCCGUGGCUACUGGUGUUCCGGAAAACCUGGAGGGGUCGGAGAGCGAGGCCGAUCUCCGAUCUGGAAACCGAGAGGCCUACAAUCGGUAAAUACUGGGGUAGUUAAUGUUAGUGACCCGCCUGACUCUUCGGUCGGUCCCUUGGACAAGGUAGUUAAUGUUAGUGACCCGCCUGACUCUUCGGUCGGUCCCUUUGUCAAGGUAAAUAAUGUUAGUGACCCGCCUGACUCUUCGGUCGGUCCCUUUGUCCAGGUAGUCGCUAGGACGGCCGUGGUGCCUCCUUCUAGUGGGAAGCGGGUAGGAUGUAAGGUUGUUGGGAGUCCAGGGCUCCAGAGUAAGGACCUUUUCCUUUUCCAGCCCACCCACAGGCUCCCAUUUUGGAUUCCUCGGAUCGUGUUUGAUCGGGGGAAAUAACAUGUUAAGUAUAUAUAUUAUGGUUCAUUAUCAAAGCCAUUCACAACGGCUCGUCCGCGAGGACAUGGUGCCUGUUCCUGUUCCUGGGAAAUAAUAUGUUUGUCUUAAAUAUAUAUAUUUUAGUUCACUUUUGUUUACACUGUUUAAUUUCAUUGUAAAUCGUCCAUUCUGAGUUCCUGAACUUUAAGUGUUGAUGUUUUUAAACUGAAUAGAUAACAAUUAAAUAAAACUGAAAAGUUUCUGCUUCGGUUAGCGGAGUUAUCUAUGCUGAAUUAGCUGCUCCGCUUUAAGAGCUGACUAGGAAGCAUUCUUUCCACAGGGAGACAGAGCACUCAUGUGUGUUCGAGGCCAUAAAACGGCCGGCUUUUGAUAUCUCCCAAGUGACACUACGUGGUACUGGUUCCAAUAAUAAGUCAGAAUAUGAUCAUGUUUUGGGGGAGUAAUUCCUCUGGAGUAAUUCCUCUGGAGUAAUUCCUCUGGAUCAACAAAAGCCUUUUGAAUUUGCUUGAUGGUGUUACGGGCCUGGGUGCCCUGAAUGAUAUCAGGAACUUGCCGGCAGUGGCUAUUGUGCCCCCGGGUGCCGAGUGGCCCAGAGAAUGUAAUCUUAUUUUGUUGGAAGUGUUUUCACCUUCUAUAUCAUUUUCCAUCUGAUUUCAGUGAUCUGCUUUUAUCAUUCUAAUACUUCCUAUAUGCACCGUUUGGACUGCCUGUAGGGAGCCGUUUGGCUCUCAUGUGGGACUGCCCAGUUUCUGGACAUUGUACCAUCCAAACUGCACUUGGGGAAUGGAGAGCCAUCGGGCUCUUCCCCUUUUCUGCACACUUAUUGCCAUUCAUCGUUUAUGUUGAUCACUCACACUUUCAUGCUCGGUCACCUUGGGAAUUUAAUGUAAUGCCCCGGUUAAUCCCUUAUGCCUGUGCCAGGACGUUUUGCAAUUUGUCAUUAUGUAAUAUGUAUAACCGGCACGGUAAGGGUUAACUGGUAUAUUUCUGUUUCUUUAUGCCUGUAAUGCCCCGGUUAAUCCCUUACGCCCGUGCCAGGACUGCUAUUCUUUGUCAUUUACACGUGACACCGGCACGGUAAGGGUUAACUGGUAUAUUUCUGUUUCUUUCUGUUCUUGAUCCCUGGGACAUUUCCGGGACUUGAAUCCUAUUUAGUACUUAAAUAUACCAAAUUGUGGAAUACAGUGCAUUUUACAUUUUACAGUGCAUUUUACCUGUACUUUAAAUAAUAUUUCCCGUACCAAAGUUUGGAAUACAGUACGUUGUAAGGUAUGAUAAAGGCGCCCGCCCCCUGGAAAGACCAAGACUUCACUGGUGCUGGCAAGGAGGGUCCUUGACCCAUCCACCAGCGGGAACGGCGUGACCCCGCACUGCGGUACGGGAGUAGUUUUAAGUUAGUUUUAGUUUAGUUUUAGUUAGAAGUAGGCUUCAAACUCAUUAAGUGGGGAAUAAUGUAGUGAUUCAGCCAGAGCCAAUACGGCUCUGGCGGUUAUAUGCGCGUAAGUCCCGCAUUCGGGCGACACCCGCGGUAGUUUCCGCGGUCGGGUCGAUUAUUGGGUACAUCAGAUUGAACCUGAGACUGCACGCGACAAACACUGUUGAUUGCCCGUCUCUUCUGUCUCUUCGGUCUACUACUACUAGCGACGGUGGAGCUCCACUCAACGAGCAACACUUCAAGCGCUUCUUGAGACAGACUUCAAGCAGUAUAGUAUACAGCCUAUGGUA